AUGACACCGGCACCUUCUUCGUCAAGGAACAGGAGGUCUGUUACUCUGGCCAACAUUCCCACUCCCGCAGGGCCUCCUCCGCCACCUCCUGGUGGACAUCCAGGAGCCUACACUCAUGAAACCCUCGGCCGUAGUCAGACUGUCAGCAACCACUCGCCCCAUUCCUCAUUCUCAUCUCACUCUGGUCCCAUCAACAACAACUACUCGACGGCACCUUCGUCCUACGCCCCACCCCGGGCAUCCUUUUCUUCUUCGUCCCGUGCGAGCCCUGUGGGUGUCCCUCCCGGACGUUCGGGUCGGGAAAGAGAACAGGAGGCAUGGAACGAUAGCGCAUGGAGGAGUAUCUUCGAUGCGGCGCUUGUCAAGGCCCAGCAGGCGGUUCAGCUGGACGAGCUUCAAGAGACGACGUUGGCGGCAAACCUUUAUGCACAGGCAGCUAAUGAUCUCGGUCGGGUCAUCCCCAUGUGUUCGAGUGAGAAGAAGAAGCAAUCCAUGCUUGCUAUCCAAGCCAUCUAUCUCGACAGAGUCAAUCAGCUGAGAGAGUCUGCCCUGGCGAAAAACGGUGGAUCUCAUCCAGGAGCAUCUCCAGCCCAUUCUGCAGCUACCAGCGAAAGCAACGACGGCUCCAGCAACUACCGCUAUUCCGUCAGCAACCGCAACAUGGGCUAUGCCGACGAUCAAUACCAACCCCAGCAGUAUCAGUCCCAGCAGUAUCAACCUCAUGUCCAGCAACAGCAGCAAUAUCAACAACAGCAACACCCCUACCAAUCGCCAGUCCUGUCGCCUGUUCAGCACUACCAAGCACCACAGCUCCAACAAAUGCAGCACCAGGAACCACCGCCACAAUUGCAACAGAAAAGCUCAGGGCUUCGACUCUUUGUCAAGAGGCGGUCCAAAACGCAAUCCUCUGUAUCACAAUCUCCUCCAGAAUUCGCCCAACAAUUUCAGAAUCAGGGCCAGGACUUCAACAACUUCAAUAACCACAACAAUAAUUUCAACAACCAUAAUUUCAACAACAACAAUAACCACCCCAAUGGCCACGGAUACGGAGACUAUUCUCAACCUGUCGACAACUACACAGUUCCACUUGUAGUUCCUCCAAGAACUCCCAGCCCACCACCUGUCGCAGUGCCCUCAAUUUUCAUGGCCCAACCGCCUACAUCAUCAAGCAAGAACCAACAAAAUGAAGCCGCUGCUGCCGCCCCAGUGACGCCGCAGGAACAACCCACCAAAUCUUCCAAGUGGAGGCCUUUCGGCAAAAAGAAAUCCAAAUCGCUUUCCCAUCCCGAAACCUCGACAGCCUUUACUCCUCCUCCAGAAAUGGCACCAGCAGUCCAUGUAUUCACGCCGCACAUUGACCCAGAACCAGUACCAGCGCAGUACUUGCAGCAACAACAUAUUUUUCAUGAACAACAACAGGUCCAGCAGCAGCAGUACAACGAGCAGCAACUGCUCCUUGAACGGAAGCAUCAGCAACAAGAAGUGGGGCAGCAACAGCAGCAGAAUGAGGAGGCUGUCGAGACACAAGAAGAGUUCAAGAACCCAGCACAGGGCGAUUGGUACGUCGGAACUGCCACCCCGGAGAAGGACUCUUACGAGUACGAUGAGUUCGAAAACCCUGCCCAUUACUUUGACGAAGAGGACGAGGAUGUCGAUCCUUAUUACAUUGCCGAUACCAAAGGUCGUGCUAAAGCCUUUGAAGGCCAGAACACCGGAGCUGCGAAUAAAGGCAAGGGGAAUGCAUCCAAAGACGCCGUGGUCGACACCGAGCCCAAAACUCGCAAGCCCUUGAUCCACAACUCUUCAUCGUACUCCCAGGAACAGAGCUUCUCGCCCAAGUUCGACUUUUCUCAGGAACAACCAACCACUGAAAUGCAGGCGCAACUUGCCAGCCAGGAGCCUCUUACUGAGGACCGCGAAGACAACAGCCACUUGGCUAACGGCUCUCAUCAACAUAUCCAAGGACAACACUACCAGGAAACGAGCGAAUCUAUUGCUACCAGUCACCUCGAGGAUGAUGAGAUGGCCAAGUCGACACUGGAGUCCGUCGGAAUGGACGCCGAAGUCGAACCCGCAGCUGCCGGCGAUACUGUCGGCGAUGCUGCCGUUGAAAAACAAAAGACCAAACGCACCUGGUACGGCAAGAAGAAGAAGGAGAAGGACCCCGAGAAGGAGAAGGAAAAGAAGCGACAGAGGGAACAGGACCGUCUGGAUACGGUCGCCCGACUUAUGGACGAUGCUCUCUUUGGCGCCCCAACCAAGUCAAAGCUCGAGAAGGACACGUUGAAGGAGAAGUCAAGUGUUGUUUCGCUGGAAAAAACCGUCUCCCAUCAUUCCAAUGACCACCAUGCCGAUCGCUCCCAGCAGAACGUCGAGUCUGCCGCGCCCAUCCUUCCAGAGGUCGACUUUCCUAUGACUCAUAUCUCCUCGCAGCAAGGCAAUGACAAAGCUGACACGGUGGAGAAGGAUGAGUCCAACAUCGAGGAGCCUUAUAUUCUCCCCGAAGUUACCGAGCCCUCCGAGCCUUAUAUUCUUCCCGAGAUUUCCGACCCUGCCAACAGCGAGUCCAGCAUUACCACCACAACAACAGGUCAGGACGCGCCCUCCAUUGUUUCUAACACCCCCAAGCGCUCAAAGUCGAGGCACCUCAGCAUCUUCAAGUCCAAGAAGAACAAAGAUCUGGAGACCCAACCACAGAUCUUGGAGAGCUCGCCCUUGUCCCCGACCGUCACCAACGACGACUCAAAGUCGAUUCAUAGUCAACAUACCCGCAAGAGCUCCUUCAGCACAGACCGUAACGUUGAGCCACCAACUCCAGUAGUCGUGCGCCCCAAGGAGAAACAUGUCAAGAAGAGGGACAGCGACGAGUACGUCCCUUAUGAGUACCAGGAAGAAGUCGAGGGGCCACUUAUGGAGCGUGUCGAAGUGCCCGAAAACCGUGAAAUCAUCGGCUUUGUUUUGCCUGUUGAGGAGAUCGUCGACUACACCUUGGAGGGCAACGAGGAGGCAGCUCUUGAGAACUGGGACUCUUGGGUGAGCCAGCUGGAGUCAUUCGAGAAGGUCCUGUCCAGCAAGGGUCUUAAGAAGGAGAAGGCCAAGAAGGCGAAGAAGGUCAAGGAGGUUCCUCCACCAAACGAGGAUCUAUCUCUUGGACCGAUGAGCUCGACCAAGGCCAACCGCUCCAGCAUCUUUGGCUCGCUCGGACGAUCCGACACCCUGAGGUCCCGCAACAACACCGCCUUGGAUUUGAACGCACACGCCCUGGAUAACCGUCCUCUAAGCAUGAGCACCACGCUCUUGGACGACUUCUCGACUCGCCCCUCAUUUCAGUCUUCCCGAUCUGGUGAAUCUGAGGCCCCCUCUCAGUUCUUGGUCGCCCCUCAGAUCAAGAAGCGUUGGUGGAAGCGUAAGGAGACCAAUUCUUUUUACCGCGCCUCUCACGCUCUUUCGACUGCUGAUCUUGAACAGGAUCAGCAUUUGUCGGCUCUUUUGCGAUCCCAGUCUGAGGUCCGGUCAAGCGACAACUUGCCUAUGGACCAUGGCAUGAUGUCGAUGCCCAUUUCCUUUGCGGAGCCAGUGUCUCCCGUCCAAGAAGUUAGCAAGGAAGCGCCUGCCGCUAUGGAGUCUGUUCCCGCACCCGCACCCCCACCAGAAGUCAAGGAGCAGGUACAGGAGCAGGUACAGGAACAGGAGCAAGAGCAAGAGAAGGUGGGGAAGAAGGUCGAAGAAACUCCCGUUGAGACCAAAAAGGACGAGGAGGAAGAGGAGGCCGAAAUUGAGGUUGCUAUUUCUCCGAUGCCCAAGCCCAAGCCUAAGAGCAACAAGCCCAAGCUCCUGCCCAUUUCGACUCCCUUGGCACAACUUCUCAAGAUCCGGAACCCCGAGGAGCUUUGGCAGUAUGUCCAGCAGGCCAAGACCUAUGCUACCAGUCGUAUGAACAAGGGCGACAAGCGAUCAGCCGCAAUCGCCCUGAAGCGUGGCCAGGCUCUUGAGGCUCGUUGGCAGGAAAUCUUGUUGGAGAUGGCUUCCAGUGGCGAGGACACUGAUGAGAUUCUGGAGGAGGAUGACGAGGAGAGUUCUGAGAGUGGCGAGGAGGCUCCUGCUCCUGUGGUUGUGGCCCCACAACCCAAGAAGAAGAAAGCUAAGAAGGUCGUUGUUCAAGCACCUAUUGAAAACGACGAGGGAGAGGUUACUGCCCCCGUCCACGCCCCAGUGGCGGCUCCAACUCCUGCUCCCGCUCCCGUGGCAGCUACCAAACCAAUCUCGACCGUUGUUGCCCCAGUCGAGGAGGAAAAUGAUGACGAUGAGGAGAUUGAGAACUACGCCGCCCACCGCCGGAGGAACACCAUCAGCCGGAGCAGCAGCACCCCAGACAAAUACUCGAAGUACAAGAACGCCAACAAGACAGCAGCGACAGGGGCGUCUCCCAACAUCACUAACGUCGCUUCGUCGCAGGCGACCCCCGCGACCGAAGAUAACGCAGACGCCAAGAGUGUGUCGUCCGUCAAGACUACCGCCACCACGACCUCCGAAAGUGGCGCCGACACUACUGGCCGUCUUGGACCCGAAGCGACUCUGGAACAGAUGCUCGAGUCCAAGAACGUGGAUCAUGUCAAGUACUAUAUCCAGCGGAUGAAGACCGACACUGUCACCAAGGCGCGUAAUGGUAGCAAGUUUGCUGCGUUGGAGGGUAUGAAGAAUGUCAAGGUUCUUCAACAGCAUCUUGCUGACCUUUUGAAUCCCAAGAGCGAGGACGAGGCGGAGGAGGAAGAGAAGGAUGUCGAAACAAUGCCCUCGGCGCCAUCACCGAGUGAGGAGAGGAUGAUUACUAUCCAGCCUACUAUCCAGGAAGAGGACGAGGAAGAGGAUGAGGAGGAUCAGAAGGAGACUCAAGCACCAACAACAACGGAGACCAAGGAGGAAACCAAAGCACCCAUUGAGAAGGAAGAGUAG